AUGUCUGACAGAGGUCGAUCUCCCGCGCCUCCAGCGGCCGGCGGCCCGGGCCCCGGUCGCGCGGCCUCGCAAUCGGCCCAGAGCCAGGCUAGCCGAGGCGCUUCGCCAGCCCGCUCGUCUGCCGGGCCAUCCGCAGCAUCUGGCUGGGCCCCAAGCAUGGGCCACGAUCCAGCCAAGCCUGCAAAGCAGGAAGAUCGCGGCAAUACUCGCAUGGAGUUACCCCCUGACGCCUAUGUCUCGGACACCCAGAAGAGCAUGUUCGCCCUUCGAGGAAACAAGAUGAACUCGGAGGGGAAGCCUGCCACGGUCGAGGUCAAUCAGUACAGGAUGAAGGCCUUCGACUUUUCCAAGAAGAUUCAUCAGUACGAUGUAACCAUCUCGCCAGACAUCGACAAGAAGGCUGUCGUGCUCAAGAAGAUUUGGGCCCACGAGACAACCAAGCAGGCCCUGGCCAAGUACAACUAUCCCAUGUGGAUCUUUGACGGUCGAAAGCUGGCUUGGGCGGCUGUUUACCUUAACCGUGGCGAAGUGCGCUUCACCGUCGACCUUGACGAGGGGAAACGCCCACCUGGUGAGCCCGCCCGCGAAGGAGCCAAGUUUCUCAUCUCCAUUCGCUCGACAACGACGGUCAACAUGGCAGCCCUCCAGGGCUACCUGGACCAGAAGACGUCGUUCAACACCAGCGUCCAGGUGGCCUUGAACUUCAUCGAUCAUUUGAUUCGCCAGUUUCCCUCGCAAAACCUGUUGGCCAUCAAGCGGAACUUCUACAAUGAGGAGCAGAGAGGGAAGCCCCUCAUGGCCGCAGGCUGCUACAUCGAGGCCCACAAAGGCCUGUACGCUUCGGUCAGGAUGAGCCACAACCUGGCCCGCGGAGGCAUCGGUCUUGCUCUCAACGCCGACGUUGCCAACACCGUAUUUUGGACCGGCGGCAUGACUAUGGACACAGUGCUCUGUAACUUCCUCGCCGGGUGCGACCCGAAACGCUGGAGCGGCUUGACUCCGCAACUCCGCAAGCUGCGCCGGUUGAAAUUCAAGGUCGUGCAUCCCAACCGACCCAACAAGGACCAAGUUUUUACGGUCCAUGACUUCGUAUUCGACAAGAGCUACGGCGCCGAGGGAGGGACCGCGAGGACGGUCUUUUUUAACGACAACGGAGAAAAAAUAUAUAUCGGAGAAUACUUCAGUAAGAAGUACAAGGCACAUCUCCGCUUCUCCAACUUGCCCCUCAUCAACGCGGGAAAGGCAGGAUUCUUUCCGAUGGAGUUUGCCGUCCUGGAACCCAUGCAGCGCUAUGCGUUCAAACUGAACCCGGAUCAGACGGCUGCAAUGAUCAAGUUUGCUGUGACUCGUCCUUCCACUCGCCGAGCCGAUAUCGAAAACCAUGUCAAGGGGCUCCAGUUCUCCGAGGAUCCCUUUCUGAGGGAGUAUGGAGUCCAGUUCGAGCCAGGCUUUGCUCGAACUGACGCCAGGAUCUUGCCGCCGCCAAAGGUUGAUUUUGGCCAAGGCAGUGCGGAUCCCAAGUUCUCGGGCCGUUGGGAUCUUCGCGGCAAAAAGUUCUGGAAGCAGAACUUUGCGCCGCUGCAGAGCUGGGCCUUCAUCGUUAUGGACAACUGCGUCGACUUUAAUUCUUUGCAGUCGUUUGCCAAGUCCUUCCGCCAGACUUUUCUGGGCCACGGCGGCAACUGUCCGGCCGAUGCAAUGCUCCUGAAUUUGCCUGGCACUAUGAAGCACAACGUGGCUGACGCUAUUGCUUGGGCACACGACGAGGUCACCAAGUCACGCGGCUACACCCAGCUGCUCUUUGUAGUUGUCGGACACAAGAACAGUCCGCACUAUGAGCGCCUGAAGAAGUCGGCUGAUUGCCGUUUUGGCAUCCUCUCUCAGGUGAUCAACAGCGAAGGAGUCAGGAAGAACAACGGGCAAUACCAUUCGAACGUCUGCAUGAAGGUCAAUGCGAAGCUUGGGGGCGCUACUUCACGCACCAUGGCGCCCUGGAGGAGCCAGCCAACGUACUUUCCCAAGGAGAGGCCGACGAUGAUGAUUGGAGUCGACAUUUCCCACGGACCUCCCGGCGGCAACGCGCCCUCCACUGCGGCCAUGACCAUGUCUGUUGACCGGGACGCCACUCGAUAUGCCGCAAUGGUCGAGACAAACGGGUAUCGGACCGAGAUGCUCACUUCGGCCAACGUUCACUUCUUGUUCGGCCAGCUGUGCGACCAGUGGCGCAAGGGCCACGAUGGCGCCUUUCCCAAGCACAUCAUCUACUUCCGUGAUGGUGUAGCUGAGGGCCAGUUUGCCCAUGUUCUUGACCAGGAGAUCCGCGAAAUGAGACUCUACCUCAAGAACAAGGCGCCACAGAUGCCGCCGCCCAAGUUCACGGUCGUGGUUGCCACCAAAAGGCACCACAUUCGCUUCUUCCCUCAGCAGGGAGAUCGCAACGGCAACGCUCUUCCGGGAACUCUGGUGGAGAAAGAGGUCACCCACCCCUUCAUGUGGGACUUUUACAUGUGCUCCCACGUUGCCAUUCAAGGUACCGCGCGUCCGGUGCACUAUCACAUCAUCUUGGAUGAGAUGAACGUUCCCGUCAACGACUUCCAAAAGAUGAUUUACCAUCAGUGUUACUCCUAUGCACGGUCGACUACCCCGGUUUCGCUGCACCCCGCAGUGUACUACGCCCAUCUCGCGGGCAACCGUGCCCGUGCUCACGAGAACGUGGCGACGAGCGAAGGCUUCCGUGGUGGUGCCAAAGGACACGAAAUGAUCCGUGACCAGGUGGCCAAGGGGAUUACCAUUGGAAGCAUCGCUCGCGGCACAGAGUCGCCUCCAUUGCUGACUCUCGGCGGGAAGCCUCAUCCUGAGAAGGGGCCCGCCAACGGCGAGAUGCGGCAGCGAGAGUUUUUCCGUGGAACAAUGUGGUACAUCUAG